GGGAAGGAGGCGAGGCCUGCUAAGGGCGGCAGUUGCUUGCACGUCGUUGCCAGGUCCGGGUGAGUGCUUCGCGCAUUGUCGCCCGGCCUCCUUCGGCGCUUGCCUUCCUAGUCCCGCUCCUUGGUCCUUUCCGUUGCCCUGGUGCCGAGGAGGAGGCGCAGGAAGAGGAAAGGCGGCGGAAAGGUCACCGCGCGGCAGCCUGGCACCGGCCUCUUUCGCUUUCACAUUCGCGUUCAUUGCCGAGGCUCCCGCGGGGCGUAAUUGGUAGGGUCCUUUCUAGACGUGUGAGGUGGUCCCCCCUUCUCGCCCUGCCACCACCACGCGCAGCCCUUUAGAGAGGCCUCCAAGCUUGGGCGAGGAAGGUGAAACAGACAAAAUGGUACAUGCUGAAGCCUUUUCCCGUCCUCUAAGUCGAAAUGAAGUUGUCGGUUUAAUUUUCCGGUUGACAAUAUUUGGUGCCGUGACCUAUUUUACCAUUAAAUGGAUGGUAGAUGCAAUUGAUCCCACCAGGAAACAAAAAGUAGAAGCUCAAAAACAGGCAGAGAAGUUAAUGAAGCAAAUAGGUGUGAAAAAUGUAAAGCUAACCGAGUAUGAAAUGAGCAUCGCUGCACAUCUUGUAGACCCUCUUAGCAUGCAUGUAACAUGGAGUGAUAUUGCAGGUUUAGACGAUGUUAUUACAGACCUGAAGGACACAGUAAUUUUGCCGAUCAGGAAGAAACAUUUGUUUCAGAACUCCAGGCUCCUACAGCCACCGAAAGGAGUCCUUCUCUAUGGCCCUCCAGGCUGUGGUAAAACCUUGAUUGCCAAAGCUACGGCAAAAGAAGCAGGUUGUCGAUUUAUUAAUCUUCAACCCUCAACACUGACAGACAAAUGGUACGGGGAGUCUCAGAAGCUGGCAGCUGCUGUUUUUUCCCUGGCUAUAAAGCUUCAACCCUCCAUCAUCUUUAUUGAUGAAAUAGAUUCUUUUCUACGAAGUCGUUCCAGUUCUGAUCAUGAAGCUACAGCUAUGAUGAAGGCCCAGUUCAUGAGUCUUUGGGAUGGUCUGGACACUGAUUACAGUUGCCAAGUGAUAGUGAUGGGAGCUACGAAUCGCCCUCAGGAUCUUGACUCUGCUAUUAUGAGAAGAAUGCCUACAAGAUUUCAUAUCAACCAACCUGCGUUGAAGCAGAGAGAGGCAAUCUUGAAACUGAUUUUGAAAAAUGAAAAUGUGGACAGGCGUGUGGAUCUCCUCGAAGUUGCUAAAGCAACAGAUGGGUUCUCAGGAAGUGACUUGAAAGAAAUGUGUCGUGAUGCCGCCCUGCUGUGUGUCAGGGAAUAUGUUAAUUCUACAUAUGAAGAAAGCAAUGAAGAUGAUGAAAUUCGGCCAGUGCAGCAGAGGGAUCUGCACCGAGCAAUUGAGAAGAUGAGGAAGUCGAAGGAUGCAACAAAUCAGACCGUUCUAAUGCAUGUUAGUUUAGAUUAAGGCUAGGGAUGUUCUACCAUGGUCUCUAUUGGUGACUGAUUAUGUUAUUUAGAUGGUGGAAAUCAAUUGGAAGCAGAAAUAUCCUUUUAAUAAGUGUUUCUGGAAUUGUUUUUAUAUGCUGAUAUCUAAGUUAUUGAAAUAAGUAAUCUUGAAAAAUUGGAUUUGGCCUCUGUGAUCAUGACACGGAAGAAUGUAGUCCAGCUCAAAGGCAAUAUCCUGUUCCCUUGUUGCAGCCUUAAAAGCCGGUUGGUAGGUUCUAUUGUGGCACAUUGUUUCUGCAGGGAAGGGAAACAGAGUCCUUGUAUAUAUGUAUGAGAGAGAAUGUGUGUCUGCGUGUGUAUAUGAUAUGUGUAUAUAUAUCUAUAUAUCUACACGGUUUUUAUAUGUAGACAUAUGUAGAUAACUUGAAUAUGAAAAGCUUUUUUUCCCUUUUUCUUCCUUUUUUCUUUUUACCUAUUUCUGGAUCAAACCAAAUUGGAUGAUUAAAAUAUUCAAUACACAUUUACCUAUUUUUCUGUAGUACCUUAAUACAAAGGCAGAAUCCUAUUUUUGGAAAUAUUUUCUCCUUUUCCCACUUUUAACCACUGGUGCCACUAGUGCUAAUUGGUUUGGGUAGAAAACUUACAUAAAGCUGAUUAAACUUUUGAUUUUAUAUGAGUCCUAUAAAUUGUAUUAUUUUAAAAUAUUUUUUGUACAGUCAGAAUUAACUGCUGUGGAACAUUGGCAACUGCAUAUCGCCAAAAUUUAUUUUUCUAUUUCUGAAUUGUGAAUAAUUUCCUUUCUUUCAAUAUUAGAGAUAGGAGGGCUGCUGUUGUUAGUGUCUUCAUCACUACUGUAGCACUUGCUAGCACCUAUAAAUGAUCACAACAGAAAUUUAUAGUAUUCUGUACAUUGAUUUUAAUUUUUUCCCCCAUUUCCUUUCUACUGUAAUCUUACUAAGUUAAGUAGCUCUCCAUCGGUCCUCCAGUGGAUACUAGGAAUGACUUAUGUUCAGAUAUUCUUAAUGACAGAGAUGGCAAUGGUGAGUUCUCUUUUCAGGAUUAAUAUUAAAAAAAUCCAUCCAUACCUGCUAUGUUUGCCUACCCUGCAGUUUAAAGUUAUGCAUUGAUCAGAUGUACCUACUGUAAUCAGAAUUGGAAAGUACUGAGAACAUUCAUACUUUUCACAAGCAUUUUUAAUACAUUAACACAUUAGUCAUUGAAAUGAGCAUUGGGGGGAAGUUUGUAAAAAUACUGCAGCGAACAACUAAUGCUAGAAUUUCAUCAGCUCAGUUUAUAACUUGACUCUGGUUAAUCUUGCAGGUGCUAUUUUGGAUACAACCACUUUCUAUAAAACACAGGAUGUUCCUUAAAGAUGAUACUUAAUGGUUUACUUUUUUUGUUUUUGUUUUUCCAACAAAGGAAAUAGUUUCCAAGUGGAAAGUGGUUUGUGGCUAAGAAAAACACACCAUAGUUCAUGGUUAAUAACAACAAAAACAUAUUUCAUCUCCUGAAGCAGCUCUUAAGAUUUUUAAUUAGAUUUAUCUGGAUCAGAACUCUGUUUUUGCAAGUGGUUCAUCAGAUGCUUCUGGAGAGCAUUUUAUUUGACAACUUCUAAGAUUUUUUUGUUGAUGGGGGCAGUUCCUCUAGAUUUCAGCCGUACUGUGUGUGAACACUGAAGUAGUAUUACUUGCUCUCACAGCUAAUAUCCAUGGAUAGGUCCAUCCUAAUGAGUCCUUUAAAAAGCCACUUCUGCCAGUGGAUUUUGCAACACUGAAGUCCAUAUCAAAAUAAUAACAAAGUACUUGUUUGUAUAGUCGGAAAUCUAUCACUUGUCAGUUUUUCCCAAUGAUCAUGAGUGUCUGUAUUUUAAAAGAGGGAAUAGUAUUUUUCUGUCCAUGCCCUGAUUUUAUUUCACCAUAUUUACUAAAUUUCAAUAAAACCACAGAAUACAAAAUCAAUAUAAUUAUCUGAGCACUUCAUAGAGGUCUUGUCUGUUUCCACUAUUUACUUUGCCUUGUGAAUAAGGAUGCUACACAAAUUGAGCUAGAUUUGUCAAGUAAUAUGAAUCUGCAUAAUUUGUAAAGGUUUAUGAAUGAUGGUCAUUUUCUGCAAUAGUCUUUCGGGAUAUUCCUUAUUGUGACCAAAUUAGGUUGGUUUCACCAUUAAAUAAAACAGGCACAGAGUAGCCCAAUUUAAAGCAAUGUAAGUUAUGCCAUUAAUUUCAAUAGGACGUGGAUUCCACCUGCUCUCUUACUCAACUGGUGAAACACUCUUAUUCCUUUCAAGUUAUUUAUAAUUCCCUAUUUUGCAGUGGGAAAAUCAGAUUUGGAGACUAUUUCCAAGUUCUUUUUAGGGAUAAUGGCCAGGAUUCAAAGCCUGUAGCAGCUCAGGAAACUCAGCAAAGCCUCUACCUAUUCAGAAAAAUGUGUCCAUACAAAGCUCUUUGGACACUGACUGAUCAAUAUCUCCAGUAGUUUCAAAUGAUAGAGGCUUUCAACCUGGAUACCUAGCUUUGUCACUAGAUUUAAAAGCAUACUUCAAAAUCUCAUACCUGUCUGCUUUUUCCCACCUGCCUCCCCAUUAGUAUUUACUAGUUUGAUAGGUAUGAUUUAGACUGAGAGCAAAAAUUUAUUUCCUCUAGACUUGCAUAACAGGUAACAUUUGGACCAUUCUGCCAUAAUAUUUCCCAGAACAAUUCUUUGGGCAUUUACUCUUCCAAAUGUUCAUUUCAUGUUAAUUUAGUGAGGCUUGGGUUUUUACCCUAUUUGGCCUUAGGGCCUCUUGACAAUUCACUUUGUAUAAGUAUGCAUCUAGCUUUUACCCCAAAAAUGAAUUCCUUGGUGUUCUGAUUCUAGAGUUAAGAGCAGUCCUUCAAAAAUGCUGUUAAUUUCUACCUCCAUUUCCCACUUGUGGCAGAUAUGAACUGAUGUGUGUUGAUAGAAGUUCUCAUUUAAGGUUUCUGUGACUUUCUCAAACAGAAGACUUUUAUAAUCUAUGUUUAUUUUGCUACAUUCUCAUUACCAGAUUCAAAUAUUGCUAUGAUUUUAAGUGGGGGAAACUGACUUGGAUCCUACAAUAGGUUUCUGGAAGGAAGUUUCCUGUACCCUCUUCCCACUUGCAGGCACCUGCACCCCCUUAAAAGCCUCUCCAGACUGUUGGGGGCCCUUCCUGAACAACGUAGGAUGUGGGGUACCAGAUGCUGAUUGGGAGAGUCACCCCAAUCAGGCAGGACUGCCCAAUUUUGGGCACUUUUCUCCUCCAUGCUUAAGUGCCAUGGAAAUCAAAUGUGCCUAACUUUCUCUGGAUUGGAGCCUUACUGUAAUGCUAUUAUGACACCUGUUGUUCUGUUUUUUAUUCCUUCAUCCCACCCCCAAAUAAAUCCUAACAGAUAUUUUGCUUGUUUUGCUGAAGCAGCUGACUUUUUUACUUUAACCCAGAUCGUUCUUGAAUAGUUACAGCUAAUUUAUAACUCAUUUAUUUACAGUUGGGAAUUUUCCUAUUGAACCAUUACUCUAACAUUAUUAAGAUGUAUUCUUAACCAGUCACCUAUUUUGGAUAAGUCUUUGUGGAGUUCCUCAGUCUACUCUGGGUUUUAUUAUAUAGGUGGAAUUGUCAAGUUAGGCUGCAUCACAGUUCUCUACCUCCUGAUCACCGUAGUUCAGUUUCAGACAACAGUCUUUCUUAAACGGCGAAUGAACAGGUUCUUGCCGUGUCCCUCUACUUCAUAUAACCUGUGGUGCUGGGCUCUAUGUGGAAGCUUAAUGUGUACAGUUCUUUAAAACAGUGGCGAGAAGAUAAAGGCACGCAGAACUUUUACAUGGAGCUCCUGCUCUCUCUCUCUCUCUCUCUCUCUCUCUGUGUGUGUGUGUGUGUGUGUGUUUAUUUGCCUGGGGGGGGUGGAAAGUAGAGGAGUGUUUGCUUAUUCUUCCGUUAUGCAAAGAGAAUCUCAGUUUAUGUCUACAAUGGGCCUACAAACAGUACUUUUGUGGGUCAUCAUUGUUCAUGGAUACCCUUUUUGAAAGCUAAACAGUUUUCUUUUGUCUGCAUUUCUUCUUAUAAGUGGACCUUCCUCUUUUGCUUGAGGGAACUUGACUCACCAGACUUUAGGGAGUCUAAAAUAUAAGCAACAGUCAAGACACUUCUUGGCACUAGGCACACUUGAACUUUAUAUGCUAGUACCUGAAUACAAAACCAGGUCAUAAGAUGAAAUAACACACCUAAGAGCACACCUAUUACUGUUAGUUAAUAAAUGUAGGCAUCCAUAAAAAUAAAAAACCCUCUCAGAUCCUAAAACAUUUAAAAAAUGAGACAGGCCUUGACUGCAUUUGAAUAGAGAAUGAAGCAAUAAAUAUGACAUGAUUGUAGCAAAACACCUGUAACUGCUUUUUCUAUGUGCUGCUAAGAUAUUCCACAUGGUUUUUAGGAUCAAGCAAAACUACAUGUAUUAUGACCACAAUGGCUAAGUGUAAAUGGGGGAAAAUAAAACUCUUUCUGUUGGGCCUCUUUUGAAAAACCAA